GAAUGUGGCUUCUUGCGAGUAGGACCUAUGAAGGUCUUGAAGAAGAAGUUGAAGGUGCUAUUGGUGUUUGGGCGAGAGGACAGCGUAAGUGAAGCAUGGUGGUCAGCUUGCAAGAGGCAGGAAUAUGAUGUAGCCAUCAGACGAACCUCUCAGGAUGCUCUCAAGGCUUUCCUUGAGCACACACAUGACCUCGUUAUCAUAGAUGCAAGAUCAUCCAAGUACCUCAAUGCAGAUAACAUCUGUAGUUCUAUACGUGUCACAGUCCAUAGCCAGUUUUCAGUUCUUGUUGGAGUUGUCAAGAAAAAUUUUGCAGAUCGCGAAAAUCCCACUGUUGGUCCAAUGUUGAAGAAUGGCUACAAUCGGAUUGUUACAGAAGUGUCCACUGUUGGUGGGGUUCUUAAUGACCUCAUCCAGAUUGAACACUCGGACCUGACCAACCAGUGCCAGCUUCGAGCCAUGCAGGCAGUGUUCUCGGCCUUGGAUGCCUGUAAGGAAGUUGUGCAUAUAACUGAUACUGAACACAGGAUACAGUAUGUUAACCGUGCUUGUGAAAACCUCUUGGGAUAUUCAGUAGAAGGUGUGGCUGGUCGCAGUCUGUGGGAGCUACAUAGCAGUGACAAUUACAAACAAGACAUACGAGCCUUUGAUCAUAGACCCUCUGUUGAUUUUAAAACAUCGAUGGAGCACCAAAGAGCAGGGACAGAUCACAGACUAUCAGACCAUAGACACUCAAUUGAGCACAAAUCUGGAGAGUCAAAAGUGAACUUGGACAUAUCAGAGGCUGUCAACAUGCAAAUGCGACGAGGAAAAGAAUGGGAUGGUUCGUUUACCUGCCGGCGGAAAUCUGGGGGCACUGUACACUUGCCAUCAAAAGUUAUUCCAGUUGCUCCACUUACAAGAAAUAAUGAAUACUACAUCUACUUGAGUGACACACAUGCACUGGAUCGGCUAGAAUUUUCCGCCGGGGACCACUUUCACCCUCGUGGCUCCAUCAAGUCAUUGAGGAAAGGCUCACAUGAUAUACGCUCACUGAAUAGUGAUGGGGGGGCUGUAGAAAACGAUCAGCCAGGACGUGUUCAGAGUGCCCCUGUUGAGCGAGAGAAGUUUACCUUUAGCCGCAACCUGAACUUUGAAAGUUUGAACAUUUUUGAGGGCACUCAGAACAUCAUUCGCCGCCAGAGCUUGGUCAAACUUCAUUCCAUUACUAUUGAGGCUCCAAUCACACGAGUUUUCAACAUCAUCACUGCUGCCCAGGAGAACUCCCCUACUUAUGUUGCACAAGCUCUGGAGAAGGUGUUGGAGAUACUGCGCUCCACCGAACUCUAUUCUCCACAGCUAAUAUCAGCUACAUCAGAUAAUGUCAGACCUGUCCCUGCCGACCCUGUAGCAACAGAUCUCCUUGGGGGUCUUCUUUCGCAAGGCCCUAAACCCCUGAUGUCUGUUCGUCGUAGCAGUAACGACACCGCUGCUAAGGUUAACCAACUGCCACGGCCCUCUCUUCCUGUUCUCCACCAACAAGCUUCAGCAGCCAUACGGGAGCUUCUGGCAGAGGAUAUGUCCUGGAACUUUGAUGUCAUUAAACUUGAAAAAAUCUCCAACAAAAGACCGCUGGUAUGGAUCGGUAUGAGUCUGUUAUGCAAAUUUGAUGUACCAGACACUUUGGGCUGUGAUGAACAAACUUUGGAAAAUUGGCUGACACUCAUUGAAGCAAACUAUCACGUUGACAACACCUACCACAACUCUACACAUGCUUCCGAUGUCCUCCAAGCAACAUCAUACUUUCUUAAUCAGGAACGAUUAAAACAGCUCAUGGACCCAUUGGACAUUGCUGCAUGCCUCAUUGCUGCAGUUGUGCAUGAUGUUGAUCAUCCAGGCAAAAACAGUGCAUUUCUGUGUAAUACAGAAAAUGAAUUAGCUAUACUUUACAAUGACCUGAGUGUGUUGGAGUCUCAUCACGCAGCUGUUUCCUUCAAGUAUACAUUUUCAGAUGACCGAGUUAACAUCUAUAAAGCCCUGGAUCGAGACACUUACAAGCAUGUUCGCAAGAGCAUCAUCGACAUGGUGCUGGCAACAGACAUGACCAAACACUUCGAGCACCUUAACAAGUUUAUCAACAUGUCGGGCAACAGCAAGACACCAGUCAAGGAUGAUGACACAGGAUCACUCGAUGAUGCAAGAGAUUCUCCUGACCUGAUGUCCUUUGGUACUCCUGAAAACUUAGUUAUAAUCAAGCGUAUGAUGAUCAAGUGUGCCGAUGUAAGUAACCCAGUUCGUCCGCUUCACUUGUACCGUGACUGGGCUCAUCGCAUCGCUAAUGAAUACUUCAGUCAGACAGAGGAGGAGAAGAAGCGUAACCUGCCGAUUGUGAUGCCACAGUUUGACCGCACCACGUGCUCUAUCCCCAAGUCUCAGAUUGGCUUCAUUGAUUACUUCAUCAAUGACAUGUUUGAUGCAUGGGAUGCAUUGGCAGAUAUUCCAGAGCUGUUGGGCCAUCUCAGACGGAAUUACCAAUAUUGGAAGGAACAGGAAGAAAUUAAUGCAAAUCCAACCCUUCAGAGUCAGCCUCUCAGCAAGGCCGAGGAAGAGGAUGAGGCUAAAGAACAAGAGAGUGCUGUUACAUCAGAAAAUAUUAACCCAGAUGAAAAAGCAAGCUAGUAAUGUGUAGCAUGUAGAAUAUCUCUUUGAAUGAAUACAAAUACUUUUCAUAAUGUUAGUGUAUGAAGGGAGUAACUUUAAGUAAUUCCCUCAGGGGUUUGACCUAUUGUAUCCAGACUUGUGGAUGUGUUCUGCUUCAGUUAUCUUGUAAUUACUGUGUACACAUUUUAAAUCUAGUGAGAGUUACCUCCAUCUACUCCAAAUUAUAACUUUUUACUCAUGCUUUGUUCUCAUCUAAUAUAGUGAUGUAAAAUUGUAACUAAAAUGUUAAUUUAGGACAACUACAAAUUAAUAGGCAUGAAAAUAAUGAUACAGUACUCUGGGUUAGUAGAGAAAGUUAGUCUGAUUCAUGUUUGGAGGUGUCUCACACUCCAGGUUAUUACUAAUAUUACAGUUGACUCCUGCUUAACAGAUAUUCACUCAAAGACCAUAAAUAAGUCUCUGACAUUCCCUACUUAACACUCAUUUUCCAUUUGUACCUUUCAUAUCAAAUAAGACUAAUGGAUUUUUUUUAUCCUCUUUUACAUCAACUGCAGUUUAUUUUUAUAUACAGCCUCUCCUCACUUAACAACAGAGUUCCUUUCUUAAGACCACAUUGGUAAACUAAUUUGUCGCUAAGCAAGGAGCAUACUAUAAUGGUAGUGGGUUUAUGUCAACAAUCUUUGAUAUUGUUUUAAUGUCACCUUUGCACCAUUUCUAACAUUUUUGGUAUACAGUAUUUUUAAAUGUUUAUACAGUAGUGUACUGUAUAUUGUAAUAAACAGUAAAGGAAAUCAGCUCUCGUAUACAUUAUUUAUGUAUACAUACUGGUUGGAGAGCCCGUUGUAAGUCCGAGUCGUCAGUAAAGGAGUACUUCACUAAGUGAGGAGAGGCUGUAUGUCCAUUUAGUAUAGUUGUAUUCUCGUAUAUUUUUUUUUUUUUUGGUAAAAAAAGUAAAGAAAUGCUUGUUUUUACAGUUCUGUUUAUAAGGUGUAGUAUGUUGGAAACUGGGUGUAUAAGGAAGGGUGGAGGAGGUAGGAGAGGUAGCAGUUGCUACUCACAGGAUCAUAAUAGGUUAUCAUGUGUGCUAGACCCAGGCAUGAUAUGGAUGCUGAUGACAGUUUUUUCAGACAAUAUUGUGCUAACCUGGCAUAAUUAUGACAAUGCUCUCAUGACGCCAAAUGACUUCGAACAGGCGAUAAAUGACAUGCCCAUGCACUCUGCCCCAGGGCCAGACUCAUGGAACUCUGUGUUCAUCAAGAACUGCAAGAAGCCCCUAUCACGAGCCUUUUCCAUCCUAUGGAGAGGGAGCAUGGACACGGGGGUCGUCCCACAGUUACUAAAAACAACAGACAUAGCCCCACUCCACAAAGGGGGCAGUAAAGCAACAGCAAAGAACUACAGACCAAUAGCACUAACAUCCCAUAUCAUAAAAAUCUUUGAAAGGGUCCUAAGAAGCAAGAUCACCACGCAUCUAGAAACCCAUCAGUUACACAACCCAGGGCAAUAUGGGUUUAGAACAGAUCGCUCCUGUCUGUCUCAACUAUUGGACCACUACGACAAGGUCCUAAAUGCACUAGAAGACAAAAAGAAUGCAGAUGUAAUAUAUACAGACUUUGCAAAAGCCUUCGACAAGUGUGACCAUGGCGUAAUAGCGCACAAAAUGCGUGCUAAAGGAAUAACAGGAAAAGUCGGUCGAUGGAUCUAUAAUUUCCUCACUAACAGAACACAGAGAGUAGUCGUCAACAGAGUAAAGUCCGAGGCAGCUACGGUGAAAAGCUCUGUUCCACAAGGCACAGUACUCGCUCCCAUCUUGUUCCUCAUCCUUAUAUCCGACAUAGACAAGGAUGUCAGCCACAGCACCGUGUCUUCCUUUGCAGAUGACACCCGAAUCUGCAUGACAGUGUCUUCCAUUGCAGACACUGCAAAGCUCCAGGGAGACAUCAACCAAAUCUUUCAGUGGGCUGCAGAAAACAAUAUGAAGUUCAACGAUGAGAAAUUUCAAUUACUCAGAUAUGGUAAACAUGAGGAAAUUAAAUCUUCAUCAGAGUACAAAACAAAUUCUGGCCACAAAAUAGAGCGAAACACCAACGUCAAAGACCUGGGAGUGAUCAUGUCGGAGGAUCUCACCUUCAAGGACCAUAACAUUGUAUCAAUCGCAUCUCCUAGAAAAAUGACAGGAUGGAUAAUGAGAACCUUCAAAACUAGGGAGGCCAAGCCCAUGAUGACACUCUUCAGGUCACUUGUUCUAUCUAGGCUGGAAUAUUGCUGCACAUUAACAGCACCUUUCAAGGCAGGUGAAAUUGCCGACCUAGAAAAUGUACAGAGAACUUUCACGGCGCGCAUAACGGAGAUAAAACACCUCAAUUAUUGGGAGCGCUUGAGGUUCCUAAACCUGUAUUCCCUGGAACGCAGGAGGGAGAGAUACAUGAUUAUAUACACCUGGAAAAUCCUAGAGGGACUAGUACCGAACUUGCACACGAAAAUCACCCACUACGAAAGCAAAAGACUUGGCAGACGAUGCACCAUCCCCCCAAUGAAAAGCAGGGGUGUCACUAGCACGUUAAGAGACCAUACAAUAAGUGUCAGGGGCCCGAGACUGUUCAACUGCCUCCCAGCACACAUAAGGGGGAUUACCAACAGACCCCUGGCAGUCUUCAAGCUGGCACUGGACAAGCACCUAAAGUCAGUUCCGGAUCAGCCGGGCUGUGGCUCGUAUGUUGGUUUGCGUGCAGCCAGCAGCAACAGCCUGGUUGAUCAUACUCUGAUCCACCAGGAGGCCUGGUCUCAGACCGGGCCGCGGGGGCGUUGACCCCCGGAACUCUCUCCAGGUAAACUCCAGGUAAAACACACUGGUAGAUAUCCUGGUCUAUGAGGGAGAGAAUGGAUGGUUAGAGAGGGAGAACAGGAUGUAGGGAGAGAGAGGAGAGGGUUAUAGAGAAGAAGAGGGGGAAGGAAGGGUAAAGAGUGGAAAAGGGAAAAUAAAUGAAGGGGAGAGGUAGAGAGAAGAUUGGCAUUGUAAGGAGGGAGGAGAGGACAAGACGUUUGUAUUCACAGGUUAAUAAUGCAUGUACUUCAAGCUAGACAAAGUUUAAAGUUUAUUUUCGUUUUUUAUCAUUCUAUUUUUUUUCAUUUUGGUGCAUAUAUGGCAGGCUCAUGUGUUUUUAUAAACAUAAUUAGAAAUAUUAUAGGUAGUAGGUUGGUAGACAGCAACCGCCCAGGGAGGUACUACCGUCCUGCCAAGUGAGUGUAAAACGAAAGCCUGUAAUUGUUUUACAUGAUGGUAGGAUUGCUGGUGUCCUUUUUUCUGUCUCAUGAACAUGCAAGAUUUCAGGUACGUCUUGCUACUUCUACUUACACUUAGGUCACACUACACAUACAUGUACAAGCACAUAUAUACACACCCCUCUGGGUUUUCUUCUAUUUUCUUUCUGGUUCUUAUUCUUGUUUAUUUCCUCUUAUCUCCAUGGGGAAGUGGAACAGAAUUCUUCCUCCGUAAGCCAUGCGUGUUGUAAGAGGCGACUAAAAUGCCGGGAGCAAGGGGCUAGUAACCUCUUCUCCUGUAUAUAUUACUAAAUGUAAAAGGAGAAACUUUCGUUUUUCCUUUUGGGCCACCCCGCCUUGGUGGGAUACAGCCGGUGUGUUGAAAGAAGAAAGAAGAAUUAGAAAUAUAGAUUUUUUCCUUCUCAAUACUGCAUUCCUUAACACUGGCCCUUUUAAACUCUUGCUGGUUGGAAUGAAAUGUACACUGCACUGUACAUGUAAUACCUUGUCUUCUCUUCAUGAAGGAUUUCAUGUCUGAUUAAUGCAUAGUUUUGAAGUUCAUUGCUAAAGCAUAAGCAGGGAUAGGAUACAGAAAAUUGUCUCAGUCUGCAUCUCUGGUGCAGACUGAGAGGGUGCAUAGGAAGAUGGGACUUGAUGAAAAGUGUCUUGGUCCACAUCUCUGGUUACAUCAUGGGGAGUAUACUAGAUAAAUGGGAUUUACUAAUUGCAGUUUCUUCAGUCCCUAUGUAGGCUGUUAAGCAAGAGUCAACUUUAUAUUCGUGGGGAAGUUUUAAACCCAUAAGGGUCAUACCACUUGGGGAAUUGGAGGAGGUGAUGGAUUAUCCCUUCACUAGCUUUGAGGCUAGUACAGGGAUGCACUACAGAUACAUCCCUCAGUUAUCCCUGCAUUAAAAUUUAAAUUUUUCAUUUUAAAACUAAUUGCAUUUACUAGCAUAUAUCACAGUAAAGACACAUCCCAUACCUAGCAAGUGUUGAUCAUAGCCUAGGUGUGGUUUCAUAGCCUGGGUGUGGUGAUCAUAGCCUGGGUGUGGUGAUCAUAGCUUGGGUGUGGUGAUCAUAGCCUGGGUGUAGCAAUCAUAGCCUGGGUGUAGUGAUCAUAGACUGGGUAAAGUUGUUAUGAUUAACAGUGUUGUUUUUGAACUCGAAGAAUGCUGUGUUAGUGAUUCUGAAUCUUGCUUCAUGAUGCUAGUUAUGGGCCACUGUUAAUGAUGUUGGUUCUGGGCCAGUGUUAAUGAUGCUGGUUCUGGGCCAGUGUUAAUGAUGCUGGUUCUGGGCCAGUAUUAAUGAUGCUGGUCCUGGGCCAUUGUUAUUGAUGCUGGUUCUGGGCCAGUGUUAAUGAUGCUGGUCCUGAGCCAGUGUUAAUGAUGCUGGUUCUGGACCAGUGUUAAUGAUGCUGGUUCUGGGCCAGAGUUAAUGAUGCUGGUUCUGGGCCAGUAUUAAUGAUGCUGGUUAUGGGCCAGUGUUAAUGAUGCUGGUUCUGGGCCAGUGUUAAUGAUGUUCAUUCUGGGCCAGAGUUAAUGAUGUUCAUUCUGGGCCAGAGUUAAUGAUGCUGGUUCUGGGCCAGUGUUAAUGAUGCUGGUUCUGGGCCAAUGUUAAUGAUGCUGGUUCUGGGCCAAUAUUAAUGAUGCUCAUUCUGGGCCAGUGUUAAUGAUGCUGGUUCUGGACUAGUAUUCAUGAUACUGGUUCUGGGCUAGUAUUCAUGGUACUGGUUCUGAACUAGUAUUCAUGAUACUGGUUCUGGACUAGUAUUAACGAUACUGGUUCUGGACUAGUAUUCACAAUACUGGUUCUGUACUAGUAUUCAUGAUACUGGUUCUGGAUUAGUGUUCAUGAUACUGGUUCUGGGUUGGUAUUCAUGAUACUGAUUCUGGCUUGGUAUUCAUGAUACUGGUUCUGGGCUAGUGUUACUGAUACUGUCCAAGAAGACAUGCUCAGAUCAAGAUAAUUAUGACAAAUUAGUGAUCACUGUCCAGGAUAAUGAUAGCAGACAUGCAGUAAUAAUAAUAUUUACCAUCCAGGUCUGUGAUGACCAUCUCAGGCAAGUGUCCCCCUCAAGGCCUUUAUUAUGUUAUGGUAAUCAACUAAUGUAUACAGGUAUUGACUCCCAGCCCUUGUUGUGCUGAAGACCUGUGCUAAUGUGUUAGCUAGCAUAAUGUGAUGCUGUGAUUGUAUUUUAUUGAACAAGAUAUUAUGGAUAGUACCAGGCAAGGUACUACCCAUAAUAUCUUGUUCAAUAUUUUGCCCUGCUGGAGAGUAGAGGAUGCAGAGUCAAUGUGUUUUGCAUUAGUUGGUGUCAUAAAUUUGUUGCAGCUAGUCUAGUGGAAUGGGUUAUUGUGCCAUGAGAGAUUUUAGCUGCCUUGGUGCAUGAUAUUAUGUAAUGAUCAUCCUAUGGUAGAAGAGUCAUACUCCUGUCAGUGUUACUAUUAACUCUCCUUUGGUAUUCUCUAAAUAAUUAAUUUUACAUUAUAAUUGCGGAGUUCUUAGCUGACCUAAAAAUAAAAUAUAUUACACGUGGGAGUUAAAAAAGUGAGAAAACUUACACAGUACAACCUCGAUAAUCCAAAACACUCAGGGUCAAGCACUGUCUCAGUUGUGGACUUUUUCAGAUUUUUAAAUACUGUAUAAUUGUAAUAAACACUCAUGCACUCCCAAAAGUUUAGACCUGUGUUGUGGUUCUUGAGUCAGAGUUCCACAGGCAUGAUGCAUGCAUUCUUCCAUCAUGGCAACUCCAAAUCAUCAUGCAAGUGCUCAUAUAUUUAAGAUAUUUCCAUAAAGAAACAAAAUGGUAUUUUGCCUCCAAGUAAAGUUCCAUAAAUACAUAAUAAAAACAAUUAUGUAUAAAUGGCAAGAUGUUGCAACUCAUUGCAUUUGUGUGACAAUGCUUAAAGAAUAUUUUAUAGCAAUGAUGACAUAGCUAUCAUCAUUGCUGCAAACACACUUGGUGCUAAUAUUGCUUUUUCCCAAAGUUACUUUUUUUUUUUUCAACGAACUGGCCGCAUCCCACCAAGGCAGGGUGACCCAAAAAGGAAAAUGAAAGUUUCUCUUUUUUUAAAUUCAGUAAUGUAUACAGGAGAAGGGAAACUUUAGACUUAUUUUACAGUAUUUUAAUGCAGCCUUAAAAAAAUUGAUAAAUAAUACAUUU